AGCGGCACUGCUAAUCUGAUUCGGUCCGGCUUUCUGAAUAGUUACCUGAGAGACGCCGAGUACCAAGAGCACCGAGCGGUUCUACGUCACGACUGCGGCAGCCGGGAUCCCCGAAACUCUCCAGGGCGACCUGUGAGGCGAGAUGAGCGCGCCGGCCUCCCGAGCCCUCCGGACCUGCGAUCGCUUCUGGCAACCCGAGCCGGCGCUCCUGCCCCCGGGCUGACGCGCAGCCCCGCCGCCUAGACAGAUGGCCCCAGGCCAAGUGCCCCAUCACAUCAGGCCCUGGCGGGAUGCCCAGGCCUUGUACCUGCUGUCCCCGCUGAUGGGCUUCCUGAGCCGGGCCUGGAGCCUCCUGAGGGGCCCAGGGCCCCCCCAGCCCUGGCUGGUGGAAGCCAGAAUAGGAGCAGACGAGCUAGAAGCUGGCGUGGAGGGUGAAGCCAAGGCUCCUCCUGAAGGGCUCCAUUUCCCCCGGCCCCAAAACCCAGAAGGCAAAGCUGAAGACAGCACGGCCCCCGGGGAGGAUGGAGAGGCAGCAGCAGGGCCCAGCCUUGGCCUGGAAGCUAGCAGUUCUGCUCCCGAAGCCUGGAGACUUUGCUAUGGCCACGGUGCAGGGUAUGGGAAGGAAGAGGCGGACAGGCAGCAGCCAGGAGGGUUCACACACGGCCAGCCUGCGCCCCUGUCCCCCCGCCUGCUGCUAAGGGCCCUGCCAGGUCCUGAUAAGCGCCCCGGAGACGAGCAGGCUGAAGAAAGGGAAGUUGCUGAAGAGGAGGGAGAGACCAAGUUGGCUUAUCUGGCAUCACACGGCCAGGGUGGUCCUGCCAGGGAGGAGCAGGAGGAGGCUGCGGAGGCUGUCAACAGAGAAGCUGCCGCUGCCUCUGCUUCCCCAGUGGCCCCAGGACUCAGGCCCAGCACUUGGCUGUGUUGCCCCCGGGAGGAAGAGGAGCGAGCCACGGAGGACAAAGAGACAGAAAAUACCGGAGCCAGGGAGUCCCCCCUUUCCCCCUCGUGCUCCAGCUCCUGCCCCGGGGCCUGGCAGAGCUGCUCAGGAGAGGCGGCUGAGAAGGGCACGAAGGCCAGAGAAGUAGGCAAGAAAGGAGACGCUGACCCAAAGCCACGGUCCUUGGUUCCCCGCCAGGGGCUUCUGCUCGGGCCCUGUGAGGGUCAACCCAGAGAGAGUGCAGAGGAGGAGGACGAAGAGGAGGACUGUGAUUCCAGAUCGGCUCAGGACGAGAGAGGAGCUGGGGAUCCUUCUACCUGCACCACAGAUGCCUUCCUGAGGGCCUGGGUCUAUCGGCCUGGAGAGGACACGGAGGAGGAGGAGGAGGAGGAGGAGGAGGAGGCGGAGGAGGGUGAAGAAGAAGAUGAGGAUAGUGAUUCAGGAUCAGCUGAGGAACAGGGAGAAGCUGAUGCUUCUUCGUCCACCCUGGGCACCAGCACCUUCCUGAGGGCCUGGGUCUAUCGGCCUGGAGAGGACACAGAGGAGGAGGAUGAGUGGGAGGAGAACCAGGACACAGAGGCUGAUUCAGGAGCAGCUGAGCACAGAGAAGCUGACUGGAGCCCAGCCACCUCCCUUCAGCUCCAGGGGACCCUGCCCAGGGCAUGGACAGCGCCACCUGGAGAGGGGAGAAGGGAAGAGCACUCGGCUGAGGCCAGGGCUGGAGCUGGGCCUCAACCCCUCCCCGUGGCCAUCUAUGUCCCUGGACAGACACCCCCGGCUCCCUGGGCCACUCCUAAGUUGCCGCUCCGACUGCAGAGGAGGCUGAGGUUGUCAGAGACCCUCCCCCAGGAUCAGGACCCCAAGGUUUCCCCAAAGGACAGAAAGGUGCGCUUCUCUGAGAAGGUCACAGUGCAUCUCCUGGCUGUGUGGGCUGGACCCGCCCAGGCCGCCCGGAGAGGCCCCUGGGAGCAGUUCGCCCGGGAUCGCAGCCGCUUCGCCCGCCGCAUCGCCCAGGCCCAAGAGGAGCUGGGCCCCUGCCUCACCCCUGCCUGGCGCGCCCGAGCUUGGGCUCGCCUUGGGAACCAACCCCCGGCCACCUUCCUACCCACACCAUCACCACCAUCACCACCAUCCACUCCCCUACCCCCCCAGUCCUUGCCAAGUCCCCAAUCCAGGUCCUGCCCUUGAUCCAAGCCCUGGCACACCCUGGCCCUCUCCUCCAAAAUGUUGUUGUAGAGCUGGAAUAAAUCCUUCUGAUUUGUAGUAAA